AUGCUAGAGGCUCUCCUUUUCGAAUCUUUCCCACUGAGCUUCAUCUCUGCAUGGCUCGGGAUUCUGGGAAUCGCCGUACUGCUUUUGUCGUCUCGUGGUGCCAGCAACAAAUUGCCUCCCCGCGCUAAUAGAGGAACCAAUUUCCUUGGUGAUAUCUCAGCAUUUUUAGCAAGCCCAGUUCGGUUUGUCGAGCAAGCCACACAGAAGUACGGGUCCAUCUUUCGGGUCGAUUGUCUCGUGAAGCAGAUCUUUUAUCUUCGGGGCCAGAAAUGGAAUCGGGUUUUCCUAGAAAUGAAGGAGGACACUUGGUCAUUCUCUGGCGGCAUAGGUAUGUUCCUCAAAAAGGCCGCCAAUCCAGGCUAUUUCACCCACGGCCGCAAUCUCCUCGGCUCCAUCAACCGCGGCGUCAACCGAAGUGCCGCGCUUCAGAGCUACGCGAGACUGGCGGGCGAAGAAGCCCACCGGUCUCUACAGCACUGGUCACGUAUGCCAGAUGUGGAGAUAUUCGAGAGCAUCUCCCGGUUUGUGCAUCGCGUCAUCGUCCGCUGCAUGAUGGGCGAGGAUUUCUACGACCACCAUGUGGACGAGCUCUACCACCUCCUUCAACAGAUGGAGUCACUCGUGGGCCAUCCCUUCAACCUCCUUUUACCAUCCUGGGUUCCACACCGACCGGGACGACAGUUAGCCAAAGCCCGAGAUCGGUUUGCCGAGAUCUUCCGCGAACGCCUGGCGGCUCGCCAGCUCGAAUCGGACGUUUGGCGCGACUCGUUGGAUUAUAUUAACUACACGCUAAACGAUCCCCGAACUGCCCAGCUGGCGGACUAUUAUCCAUCCCACCAUGUGGUACUAAUGUUUGCGGCACACACCAGCACCGUCGCCAGCAUUGCCUGGACGAUUAUCGAGUUGCUCCGUCAUCCUGUAUACCAAGAGGAAAUUCGAGAGUCUCUGGCCACCACACCCGAUAUUCACCAAUGUGCACCGCUGCUUGCUUGCCUUCGUGAAGAAGGUCGCCGGUACUCUGGGGUGCAUAUGUUCCGCGCCACCAAACGGCCCGUUAGCCUCGAGGGGAGCGACUAUACGGUCCCGGAGAACUCCGUCGUUCUCAUCUCUCCGUAUCUGACACACCACGACCCAACCAUUUACCCGAAACCGCACGAGUAUCAGCCACAUCGAUGGCUGCUCCCUGACGGCCGACUUGAUCCAUGGAACGGCCCUAAGGAAGGGGCCUUCCUGCAGUUCGGCGCAGGAAACCAUCGUUGCCCGGGUGAAAACUUUGCCGCCAUCAUGGCGCGCGAAUUUCUCGCCGCGCUCUUGAUGAAUUAUGAAAUGGAGUGGGGUCGUGAUGGAGCCGCCGCCGAUUUGUCGCGACUCGAUUUUACCAAGGUGGGAAGCCCUUGGCUGGAGGGAGAUGCUGCGGUGCGCAUUCGGCCGCGUGGGCCUGGGUCUUGA